AUGAUGGCCGAAAUGAAUGAAUUAACCGAUUCAUCGGAUUCGACUUCUAAAACUACCACCACCAUUAUAUCGCCCGAUAGUACAGAGCUCGAACCAACAGUAUUCGAUGAUGCAAUUUUACAAUCACCCACUUCUUCCUCCUCCAUGUAUGCCAUACGUUCACCUUCUCCCCCAUUGCCGGCCUACUUCAAAUAUCCCACCCAUCUGAAGGCACCGGCCCAAUAUCAUCCCUCCGAUUCAGAAGAAGAAGGUGUAACGCUCACCGAAAUUGUUGAAAUUCAUCGAGUACCCUCGUUGGCUCUUAUUACCAUGGAUAAUAAUAAUUUCCAGUCUGGCGAUCUAGAUAUGGAAAGUCAAGUGAAUAACAAUAAUACAUCGUGUUCGUUAUCAUCCACUUUAACCGAUAGUAAAACUUUGGAUGUUCGAACACCCAUUGUGGUCUAAGGAAAGCAACAAAUUAGCAACUACAAUAAGUAACAAACAGAAAGUGUUAUAGUCAAUAAAUAAAUAUCAUUCAGUGUUGGUUUUGAUGUGUUUACAAGCUAAAAGUUU